UAGUCAUUCACCGAUUCACUCGAAGUGGAAACUUAGUGAUAAAUAAAGUAUUCUAAUCGCUCGUUGUAUACUUCGAGCACUCAAGAGAGUCACCAGUGCGUACUUUCAAUAGUAUACCCAAUUAAAUAGAUAUAAUAAAAAUUUGACAGGUCAAAUAUUAAUUGGUAACAAACUACCCACAUUACCAAAAUAAUAGUUUUAUGACACCAACAUUGCAGAAUCAAGUUUUUAAUAAAAUAGUCGUGUCUUGUAUCUCUCGAGUGAAAUUCAUAAAAUAAAUUAUUGUGUGUGAAAUAGUAUAUGGUAGUUAUUAUGCUUGAAAAAAACAUUAUUAUGGUCAAUAUAUGAUUACUGUUACAUACUGCAGCGUUGUUUGGUUCUAAAAGUUAUCUAAAGUGAAAGAAAAGAAAUGAGUCAGCGAAGGAUUAGAGGCGUGACCGGCACUCAAAAUGGCAACGUCGCACAAGAAGAAAAGCAUAAUAGUCCCGAGUUCACCUACCGGGAAUCACCGUUGACAGUUCUUUUAGAGCACUCGCUUCACAUAAGAGCGAUAUACCACAUAUUUGUUGUUAUCCUGCUGGUGUUGCUGUGUGACACCGUGAUAUACGACCUUAUAGAACGAGGAAAGAUAAACAUCGGAGUUACAUCAGUGUUACGUGGCUUCGGCGAUAUAAGACGCGGCGUAAAGCUUUGGCUAUUUGAACUGGCGGUGGCGCUCGCAUUCUAUCCAGCACUGAGGAUAUACGGAUUGGUGCGAAACAUUAUUAAGCACCACGCAAGUUUAUGUAAAAUAUGGGCUGUAUUCGGAAUACUUUGCGUGGUUGGUCUAGAGUUAGUGCUAGUGGCAGUCCCUGUACGAGACUUAGCCAAUACGUACUUAGCUCUAGCUUCAUCAGCCGUCGUUACAUGUGAAAUGUUUCGAUUUGUGAUGAAGAUUUGCGCCGCGGCGGUUGCAUGCGCCCCACGAUGCCACAGCGGUAAUGAGCCAUUGCCCACCAUCUCGCAAUACGUGUACUUUCUGUUUGCACCUACACUCAUCUACCGAGAUGAAUACCCCAGGACAAAGAAAAUCAGAUGGGGAGUCGUCGUUUUCCACUUCUUAGAAGUGUCCGCUAUUAUAUUUUACAACAGCUUCCUAUGGGAGCGUUUUAUUUUACCGUACUGGUCCGAUUAUGGUAAAGAAGCUCAGGUGGAGGCGGGUACAGUCGUGCGAGGCAUGUUCGCCUGCGUGCUGCCAGGAGUGAUCUCCUUCCUGUGCGGAUUUUAUUGCCUCCUGCACGCGUGGCACAAUGCCUUCGCCGAGAUGCUCACGUUUGGAGAUCGCCUGUUUUACGAGGAUUGGUGGACGCAGUCCCGAUUUUCUAGUUACUAUAGAGCGUGGAAUCGCAUAGUUCACGCCUGGUUACGAGAUCACAUAUAUCGACCUUUGGCCCCACGCGCUGGAAGAGCUGUUUCCACAUUAUUAGUGUUUUUAGUGUCAGCGGCAGCUCACGAAGUGAUACUAGCGCUCUCAUUCGGAUUCUUCUACCCCGUGCUCAUGGUCGAAUUUGGCGUAUUCGGACUGCUUAUGCUGCCACUAACUGCUAACAGCAGUCGCCGAUAUCCCAACACAUCCAAUCUUAUGAUGUGGUUGUCGUUUUUCAUUGGAAAUGGUCUACUAUGGAGUUUGUAUACGAUGGAGUAUUUUUCGAGAAAAAACUGCCCAGUUUCUGAAGACGAUAGUUUUUUCGUACCGAAAUCAUGGUCUUGUCCUGAAAUCGUAUUGAAACCUAAUUGGACGUUUCAAAAUCCUUUCUACAUAAUUUACUGAUAAUAAAAAAAAAAAAAAAUAAGGGUCAGCGCAGACUUUAAAAAAAAAGUAUUAAUUCAAUUUCAAUUAUUAAAUUUGCUAAUUUGUAUGUUUGAGGCCGCUUUCAGUAUAUCAAUUCCACAAAGCGGUAAUAUUUUUAUUUUUUACUACAACUCAACAACCAACGAAUCAUUUAGGUAUGUUGUUUUACAAACCUAUUUAAUAUAAUGUGGUGUCUCACAGAUGUGACGGUUUUGGUUAAGAAUGUACUUAUUUGAAUUGGAUAAGAAAGACAUAAUAUUAGAAGGGAAAUUUUUCCUACCACUCUCGAUUCCAUUGUCGACGCUGAUCCUAUUAUAUAGCAAGUAAUUGUUCUAAUGACUUAAAUAAUAUUUCAAUGUAGAAUAGCUAUUUCCGAAUCUAAUGAUUGAAUUUUUGCGUAUAGAACGGACUGAUCAAGUCCUAGUGUGGUAUAUUUGGUUGAUUUUUAUGAUUACUUAUCUAAAGUAUGUGAUUGUACUAUAUUACUUGAUUUUAUUAAAAAUUGU